AUGUGUCGAAACUUUGGUAAAACACACUCAAACACCAACAGUGGAAGUGAAACCAGCGUUACUCAUCUGAAAUACUUUUCUUAUAUAUGUAUAUGUGUGUGUGCAUGUGUGUGUGCAGAGUGUGUGCAAUGUUUUGCAGGUUUUGACCUGAUCCAGGGUCAGUGUCUUGAGGAGAUUGGUGAAGUGGAUGAAGCCGACUGCUGUCAGAACCCUCAUUAUGGUUACAAGGCUGCAGACGGAGUGUGCCGCUCCUGUGGGUCAGUGCGCACACGCAUUUUUUGUAUUAUGUAUAAACUUUUACAUACUUUUUGUACUUUACAGUUCUACUUUUUCUAAAAACACAGUUUGAUUUAUGAGUGAGGGGGAGAAUGCAGGAGGAGAGUUUGGCCUCUGUUCUGUCAUGAUUUGGCGUUAAACAAAAAGGAAAGGGCCCAAAUGCAGAAUGAAAAAAAGGAUUUAUUCCAAAAGAACUAAAUAAAAAGCAAAAACUUACUUUCAAAAUAGUCCAACCAAAAGAAAUCCCAAAGGCACAAACACAAGGAGCAAAAUCCAAGGAACAAAAUAUCCAGAAUCUAACAAAGACACUUAGAGAAAAGAAAAAACACAGAGACCCUGAAAUACAGACAUGCACACUUGCAACUUACCACACACAAUGAUCCAACAGAGAAAAAGGGGAAGACAAGGACUAUAUACACACGGAAAUGAGCAACGAGAGGACGGAAAACUGAGGAAGUAAAACAAGAAUAGAAACACAGAGAAUAAACUACUUCAAAAUAAAACACUGAAAACUGAUAUGAGGAAUAAAAACUGAGAACAUGAGGGAAACCGGGUCAGACACAAACUGAAAACUCACAAGACAGGAUUACAGGGGAACAGGAACACUAGGGAAAAUACAAGGAAAGUACUCAGAUAACCAAAACCAGGGGAAAACUAAAUACCUGAAUAUACCAUGACAUGUUCAUACUGUGCAAAACAACAUGUGCAAAAAAGCUGAGAAAAGUUUCUUUUCAAUAGUUUUUAAACCAUUCAAAGCUUAAAUUUAACUGAAAUAAUGCAAAAACACUAUAUGAAAUGUCGAAAAUGAACAAAUCUGUGUGUAUAAAAAAUAUCUGCUCAUUUUCAAUUUAAUGCUGGCAACAUGUCGUUGAAAUUUGUUAGAGGAACAACCAAACUAGGGAUGGGCACGGCAGUUCUUUUAGAUUUACUGAAUCACUAGAAUCAGUUCACCAAAAAGUUUCGUUCAAAAGAUUUGUUCCUCAAAUCACAGAAUCACUUCACGCUUGGCGGGAGAGGCCUGCGACCCCGACUUCCUGAACUGAUACUCAGCUGAACGUUUCAGGAUUCAGUUCAAUUUAUAGUUUCUGGGACUGGGAGACGAGAGUGUUUGGCUGUGUUACUUUGGCAAAGGUCCUGAUACUUUAAGUGUACUGUCCUAUUGUAUGCCAUUUAUCAGGACUGCGGGUUUAAUGCACUACUUGUUACAUGCUGUGUCCUAUUCUAUGCACUUUGUUGUGGUGGCAAUUUCAAAAAUGAUUCCAUCACUUGAAGAAGUGAUGUGGUGCAGUACGUUCACUUAAAAGAUUCGUUUCUUUUUAACGAAUCGUUCGCGAACGACACAACACCAAACCAAAACAGUUGUCCAAUACCCAACUGGUACGGUUAACAAGGUUAGUAUCAUGACUAGGUAUAAAAGGGACAUUCAGAGAGGCUGAGUCUUAAUGCUGAACAACCUUUACAGGUUUAGGAGCAACAUCUGCUGCCAUCCAGACAAUUAGUUUUUCAGGGAAGACCUUCAUAUUUCAACAAGACAAUGAAAAACCACUUUCUGCAGGUAUUAUAACAGCAUGGCUCUGUAGUAGAAGAGUCCUGCUAAUAAACUGACUAAUAAACUGCAGCCUCAUGACACAAGAGCUCAAAUGUCUUGGCCACGCAAACGUUCUUGACCAACUCCCCCGUGAAAAGUUAACCCUCAAGAAGAACUGUUUGGUCUUAAAACACAAUUUGUCAGCAGGAAGAGAUGAAAUCAUGAACAGAACUUAAGAUGUGUUGUAACUCUGAUUUUCAGAUAAUGUUUGAUAGGUGUGAUGUGAUUACAUGACUCUGAGUAAAUAAUCAUUAUUAAGGGGGUUUGCCCAAUCAGAAUCAAGUACUUAACAGCCAUUAAUAAUCAAAUUGGGUUUGGUUUUUGAUGAAUCCAACCAGUCUGUGAUGUUUUGUUGUCAGGCCACCUACAUGGUCUCUAUGGUCGUCAUGGUCACCCUGUAAUGUCCUCUGUGGGGAUGGAGUGACACAGAGAAGCAGGAAGUGUUACGGCAAGGACCCGUCCCAGUGUGAGAACGCUGCAGACAAUCUCCAGACCACACCCUGCAGCGGCACCUGCUGCAACGGUACGCAGAAACACACACACAGAUUUAUCACGUUAAUGUUAGAUUGGAGUUAGGACAUCAAUGUGCAUGCAUGUUUGUGUGUGUGUGUGUGUGUGUGUGUAUGUGUAGCAACUGGGUGGGGCCCAUGGCUCUCCUGGUUGCCCUGCUCGGUCACCUGUGGAGAGGGCGGAGUCAGGAGGAGAGAGAGAAUAUGUUCAAGUCCUCCAGAGUGUAGCUCAGCCUGCAGCGGUCCUUCAGAGGAGACAGGGGCGUGUCCAUCACAAGCUACCUGUCCAGGUAACCCAUCUGUUUGUGCUAUAGAAGUCUGUUAAAUUUGAGUACACACCUGUCUGUCUCUCUGAUGGUCAUUUGUCUGUGUCCAAGUUCAUGGAGGUUGGACAGGUUGGUCUGCUUGGUCUCAUUGCUCUGGAUCCUGUAUCAGUGGUCAGGGUGCUGGGGUUGUCACCCCGCAAAGAACGCGAAAAAGAACCUGCUCUAACCCCGCCCCCUCCUCUGACACUGUCCCACCUGGAAACAGCUGCCCUGGAGACAGUUCCCAGAAACAAGACUGCAGUGAACUCCCAAACUGUCCAGGUGAGGGUUGGACUGAUCAGCCUCUUAUAUUGUUAAAUAUUUGAAUGAAAAAUCACCUGUGUGCUGAUUGGCUGUCUGUGCAGUGGAUGGGAGCUGGGGGGCGUGGUCUCCUGCAGGACCAUGCUCUGUCUCCUGUGGGACAGGGAUUAAGCUAUCAAACAGGAGAUGUGAUCGCCCCGCCCCAAAAUACGGUGGAAAAAUCUGUGACGGACCGAGCACUCAGAGCAGCGUCUGUCAGAGUCCCUGUCCAGGUAAGACACCUGAUGAAGCCUUUGAUUGAAGUUAAAGGGAUAUUCCGAUAUAAUUGCAGGGUAAUUCUCUGUUGCGUGUUGUAAACUGCCAUAACAGACAUAAAAACCUGUCUCUGUGUAUCCUUAAGUGGACGGGUUCUGGUCUGGUUGGUCCAACUGGGGUCAAUGUUCGUCUUCCUGCAUCCCACAAGGCUCAGUCCCCACCAGGACUCGUCAACGCACCUGCUCUAACCCUGUCCCUUCAUCCAGCCCACAAGGGGCGAGCUGUCAGGGUGAAGACAAGCAAACAGACACCUGCAACCAGCUGCCUCACUGCCGGGGUAAGCCCAGUCUGCUGAGAAACCAUGACUUUCUUCCUCUCUUGUUGAAAAAUUAAGAUGUGAAGGUGUUUGAGUUAGUGACAGACUGUCAGAUGUUUUAAAGACCUCCAAGUGUUCACCUGCAUAGACCAUGUGAGAGGAAAACAGGAAAUCAGGGGAACAGAGACUUGAGAAAGACACGCAGCAAAGAGUCACAGCUGGGAUCUCAACUCAACCGAACUCAACUUUAUCUGUAGAGCACUUUAAAUACAACCAAAGCUGACACACGAAUCGGAGCGGCGUCGGGGACGUUUAACCGAUAGUCGUGGUUAAGAAAGAGCUGAGCCGUAAGGCGAGACUCUCAAUUUACCGGUUGAUCUACGUGCCGACUCUAACCUAUGGCCAUGAACUUUGGGUAAUGACCAAAAGAACAAGAUAGCAAACACAAGUGGCCGAAAUGGGUUUCCUCCACAGGGGCUCAGCCUUAGAGAUAGGGUAAGGAACUCGGACACUUGGGAGGCGCUCAGAGUAGAACCGCUGCUCCUCCACGUCGAGAGGAGUCAGCUGAGGUCGCUUGGGCAUCUGGUUAGGAUGCCCUCUGGACGCCUCCCGUUAGAGGUGUUCCAGACAUGUCCCACCAGGGGGAGACCUUGUGGCCGGCCCAAGACCAGGUGGAGGGAUUAUAUCUCUCGCCUGGCCUGGGAGCGCCUAGGAAUCCCCUCGGAGGAGCUGGUGGAAGUGGCUGGGGUGAGGGCUGUCUGGGCUUCCCUCCUGAAGCUGCUGCCCCCGCGACCCAGACCCAGAUGAAGCAGAAGAAAACGACGACGACAAAGCUGACACAAAGUGCUUUACAUAAUAACAUAAAACAACAAUAAAUAGUUGUUUUAAAAUAUAAUAAAAAGCAAUAAAAAAGGCAAUAAACCAAAUGCCGUCUCAUGUCAAAAGCCAAGGAAUAAAAGUGGGUUUUUAGACGGGUUUUUAAAAUGGACAGUGAGGGAGCUUGUCGAAUGUGGAGAGGUAGGUCAUUCCACAACAUAGGAGCAGCAACAGAAAAGGCUCUGUCUACUCUGAGCCUCCGCUUAGACCUCGGUACUUGCAGGAGCAGCUGGUCAGCUGACCUGAGGCACCAGGCAGGAGUGUAGGGGUGAAGUGAAGCAGCUCAGAGAGGUAUGAUGGGGCCAGACCAUUUAAGGUUUUAAAAACGAAUAAAAGAAUCUCAAAAUGAACUCUCCAUUAGAAAACUAAAUCUAAUGGAAGUCAAAGGUUUUAUUGAUCAUUUUAUAACUCAACUUCACUUCAAAAGUAAGUCUUAAAAGUCCUGCAGAUAAUUAAUGUUUAACAGAUUAAAGAGGUACAGACAAAAAGAGCUCCAGGUGUCUGCAGAAGUAGUCUUCAGUGACCAGGUGUGGCUGUACCCUGUCCACAUUAUCCCCCCUCUGUGUUUUCAAUGUUUCUCCGACAGUGAAUGGAGCCUGGGGGCCUUGGUCUCCUUACUCUUCCUGUCCUGUAACUUGUGGUGUGGGAGUCCAGGUGUCAGUCAGGAGAUGCGACAGCCCCGCCCCCCAACAUGGUGGGCAGCCAUGUCCUGGGGAUGGACGUCGCACCAGCAUCUGUAAAACCGACAUCCCCUGUCCAGGUACAUAAAGGAUUCUUUAUUUCGUUCAGUACUUCCUCCAAAACCCAAACUUCAUAUGAGUUUGUAAAAUGUUAAUUUAUGAUGCAACAUGUUGGUUUGUAAAUAAUUCAAAGUCCAUAUUUCAGUCAAAUGGUGCAAAGAAAACACAUCAAGUAUAAGAAUUUUUAAAUUGACGUCAGCAACAUGUUGGUACAAAGUUAUCAGAGGAGCAACCAAACUGGUUCAGACAGGUCUCCUGGGUUCAUUAAAGUUUAGAGCGUUGGUGAAAGAAGAGCUGAUGACACAAAAUGAAAGAUGGCGCUGACAUAUUUUUCAUAAAAUAAUGAAAAAAAUCAAUAUUAACAUUUGACCUGUUGUCUUUGCUCUACUUUUGCUUAAAUAUAAACUUUUAAUUAUUUGAAAACCACCAGAUUUUUAGUUUUUUUAAGCUUGUGCAGUAUCAUCACUUUACUUUACUCUUGAACAUUUUCUGUCCAUCAAGUAAUUUGAGUCUUGGAGUUAAUUUCUGUAUAUUUUCAGUGGACGGGGUGUGGUCAGAGUGGUCUGAAUGGUCACAGUGUAAAUACCCACAUAGUAAUAAGUCCAUCAACUGUGAGCGGAUAGGCGGCAGUCAGAGCCGAGAACGCAGAUGUCUCCAUCGAGCUGCGAAUGGAAACAUCUGCAGCGGGAUGGAGCUGUCACAGUUACGGGUCUGCUAUGACGUCAGCAGAUGUUUGGGUGGGUGGAGCUAAAAUUUUAACGACAUUACAAUCAUAGUUUAAAAACAACAAAAUAUCAGGAUAACAAACAAGUGUGUGUUGUAGUGAAGGGCACCUGGGAUGGCUGGGAGUCGUGGACUUUGUGUAGACCACCCUGCGGAGCAAAUUCCAAACGUGUCAGGAGGAGACACUGUAAACCAGAUUACAGCAACUACAAGUGAGUCUCUGGACCGGGGGGAGGGACACCUGUACCAGCAGGGCACCAAAGGGAAAUGGAAAAAUUACCUUCUGCUCUUUGACAGGAAGUGAGCUUUCUGUCUGUGUUUUUUCAGCCCCACCAUUGGUCGUCGGAGGGAAAAGGCAACGUUCUCCGGGACUCCACUAGCUGACUGUGGCGCUGCGCCGGAUAGCGGGGAGAAGUACCAAAGAGAGCCAUGUGUGAACGUUCCUGCAUGUCCUGAAAACAGAUGA